ACCCGAAGGGACGAGGCACCAAGGUGUGUGCCCACUAUGUGCUGACGGUGCCCCCUGGAGGCUCCAGCACCGUCAGGACCCGGCUGUGGCAGGCUGACGAGCCGCCGUCUCCUGGUCACCGCCCGGGUCAACACCCUCACCUGGAGCAGGUCUUCGGCCAGGCCUUCACCACCAUCAUGCAGCGCAGGAAGGACGAGGCUGAUGUCUUCUAUAACCGGGUGUUGAGUGACAGACUGGGGAGCGAGGAGCGGCUGGUGGCGAGGCAGGCGCUGGCCGGGCUACUCUGGACCAAACAGUUCUAUCACUACAUCGUCAAGGACUGGCUCGGUGGUGACCAGUACCAGCCGCCCCCGCCGCAAUCUAGACACGGCGGCAGGAACAGUGAGUGGACUCACCUCUACAACAGGGACGUCAUCUCCAUGCCUGACAAGUGGGAGUACCCCUGG